GCGCUUCGACUUUACACUCCGCAGCAACAAUAGUUGGUUGCGCCCACGCCCCGAAGAUAUAUAAAUGAACUCAACGGAUAUUACUGGGUCAUGGCGAGAGUUAUCUGUUUGACUGCGUUACUGUUCCUCGUCGACUUCCGGGUCAACAGGUGUGUUUCCGGCCAGCUUGAUACGACCGUGUGUACUCCGAAUGUGAAUGAUUCAGCCGGCGCUCUGCCGAAGCUAGCAGAUACCUACCUAGCCCGAAUGGAAUGGAAAGUCAUUGAGCAGAAGAAAUGGGUGUACGUGGAAGAAUUCUUUGACGGCCCGGGGAACCGCGCGGCCCUGAGACUGACCGGGGUGUACGACCCAGGGAAGGUCGUGCUCUUUAUAUCAGACUUUACAACCGACGAAUACUUCACCAUACAAGAUGGUACGUGUGCAGUGACGAAGCUGUCUGCCAGCGAUACUUACACGUUACCCUUCCAAAACGUCAAUGGAUCAGCAGCAGAGGUCCUGAGCGUGCACAGAGCGAUGAAGUUCGGUCAGUCCUACAAUGAGAAAUACGUGGGUACAGCCGCAGUGAGAAGCAUCUCGGCGCUGCACUUUGAGAGUUGCACCUACCGCAACGAUACAAAACAAACGAUCAAGAUCGACUACUACUUCUCAGACGGCAAGACGUGGACCACUCCUUCCGGAGCCAUCUUGGCGCCUAUCAGAAGCAUGAUCCAUAGAAAAAUCGGUAGCGGUAGCGACAGCUUUGAGUCACACGAACAAUAUGACAUCGUCUACUUCCAAGAGUACAUCGAUGACUACAGUGUAUUUCAGAUCCCGGGGGGUAUCUACUGCGACGGGCGGAAAAAUACGAAACCAACUCCUAAUAUACCGAACUACUUUACCUUCCGAGCAGAGAUGGUAGUCCCAAGUUAUAACACUAUCGGCGCUUAUGACGAAUGGUACGACUACAGCCGGAAGAUGGUGCGCAUUGACUCGAAACCAAUGCCAGGGGGAGUGGUCAUUGUACCAAUGGUUACUAGGAGAGACGUCCACGACUUUAACGCAGGUGUGUCCUACAUGGUGGACAUGACGUCAGGUGACUGUCACGUGGCUCCCCUCUCCGCGGACAUCUUCGACUCCAAGCUGACUGACCUCAACCACAUCGCCAUCAAAAGUCCAAAACAGUUCUUUGACUUCACUUCCGGUGUCUUCGUGUACUCUGGACAGAAAACAGAGCGUGGCAUUACCAUGGAUACGUGGAUAGGGAAAAGACUGGAUUUUCCACCGGGCCUCAACAUGACAUCUUAUUGGGAAUGGUACUUCUCCGCUGACAAGUGGCUCAUAAGCGAGUUCGGACCGUCUAUCAGGAGUGCGCCAAUGAGACUUAAGAUCACCAUACCCGGGGCAAAUGCAACGUUCAUAUACAACAUAUUUGACUUCACGGAGGACGAGCCGGACAUCAGUGUGUUUGAUGUCUCGUACUGCUAUGAGAAGGGAGACAUACGUGACUUCCGGUUCACACUCACAGGUAAUUCGUGGGCCAUCUCACCCAAACCCAAACUAUUCAAGUACAACAUGGCUACCGCGAUAGCCAGGGCCAUGGGCGUGGCUAGCCCUAGGAUACAAGCAGCGCAGGCGGACUUUGACAACAAAGGCGUGUACGUCCUCUUCACGUUGCUGGGGCCGCCUCCGAUCAAAGGUGACACCGGUAACCCCAUCAACUCCGUGAGCUCUGACACCGCCGCCAACAACUUCCGCCAAUCUCUGGACUCUGGCCAGUUUUCAUUUCAAUCGACCAUUGUCAAGCCUUCCUCGGGGCCGCAAACCUUUACUUACACGGGAGUAGCACACUCCAUGAAGGAAGUGAUCAGGUCAUCUAACGGUACUCUAACUGACCUCGUAGAUACAACUACUUCCGGGUCAACCAUGGCAGUGACCACUUUAAGGCAAAGGACCACAGUCCAGCCUCCUGUUCCUACACCGGCGCCAACACGUCACAGCAGUCUGGAGGGUUCACAGUCGGGCUGGCAAGGAGGUUCUGUUGCCGGUAUAGCCAUUGGCAUGACCGUCCUUGGAUUAUUUCUGGGAGUAAUCUCAACCGUUGUGGCGUUGAAAUUAAAAAGGAAAUCGGACGAACUGACAGAUACUCUAGUUAUGGAUAAAAUAAAUGAAUAACUCAAAUAUGCCUACAAGGUGUACGCUUUGACAUUGAAAUCAUUUAAGUAAAGUUUCGGAAGAAAAUUAACGAAGAAUU